CCCUGCCUCGGCCCGCACCGCAUCGGUCCAAACCGCUUUCCUGAACUCCCAGAUCCCAUUCCCAUCCCCUCUCGGUCGGGCAAGCAGCCGCGGCCGCCACUGACCCACCCCCACAUACCACACACGUAUCCCCGUCUCCUCAGAUCCGAGCGCCAUGGCCGCCCGCCUCCACCUGCAUUGCCAUGGCCAUCGCUAGCGGCGCCAUGGCCGCCUCCGCCUCCUGCCGGAGCCCGCUCGUCUGGUUCUUCUCCCUCGCCGCCGCGCUCUUCUUCGCCUCCUGGUACCUACUCCUCGACUCCGCCGCCGCGCCGGCCGCGCUCGACGCCCGCCGCCAGGGCCCCCGCUCCGCCUCCCCUGCCAGGAAAUGCGAUCCGGCCACGGCGCUGCUGCGGGUCUUCAUGUACGAUCUCCCCCUCGAGUUCCACUUCGGCCUGCUCGACUGGAAGCCAGGGGGCGCCGCCGCCGGGGGCGGCCUGUGGCCGGACGUCAGGCACGGCGUCCCGGAGUACCCCGGCGGCCUCAACCUGCAGCACAGCAUCGAGUAUUGGCUCACGCUGGACCUCCUCGCCUCCGAGCAGGGCGCGCCCACGCCGUGCAACGCCGUGCGGGUUCGCGACCCCGCCAGGGCCGACGUCGUCUUCGUGCCCUUCUUCGCGUCCCUCAGCUUCAACCGCCACUCCAAGGUCGUGCCGCCCGCGCGGACCAGCGAGGACCGCGCGCUGCAGCGGAGGCUCAUCGAGUUCCUCGCCGCGCGGCCCGAGUGGCGGAGGUCCGGCGGGAGGGACCACGUCGUGCUCGCGCAUCAUCCCAACGGGAUGCUCGACGCGCGAUACAAGCUCUGGCCCUGCGUCUUCGUGCUCUGCGAUUUCGGGAGGUACCCACACAGCGUGGCCAACAUUGACAAGGACGUGAUCGCGCCGUACCUGCACGUCGUCGGCAACUUCUUCAAUGACUCCGCCGGAUACGAUGCCCGACCUACCUUGCUCUACUUCCAAGGCGCCAUUUACAGGAAAGAUGGUGGUUUCAUCCGACAGGAACUGUAUUAUCUUCUCAAAGAUGAGAAAGAUGUGCAUUUCUCAUUCGGAAGUGUGGCUGGUAACGGGAUCGAGCAAUCAACACAGGGGAUGCGUGCUUCCAAAUUCUGCCUCAACAUUGCAGGCGACACACCGUCUUCCAACCGCCUAUUCGAUUCCAUAGUCAGCCACUGUGUUCCCAUCAUCAUCAGCGACGAGAUUGAACUCCCAUUUGAAGAUGUCCUUGACUACUCCAAGUUCUGCAUCAUAGUGCGUGGCGUGGACGCAGUCAAGAAGGGUUUUCUGAUAAAUCUGAUCAAAGGAAUAAGCCGACAAGAGUGGACAAGCAUGUGGAACAAACUGAAGGAGGUAGAAAGGCACUUUGAGUACCAGUACCCAUCUCAGCAUGAUGAUGCUGUCCAGAUGAUCUGGAAGACCAUAGCUCGAAAGGUGCCCUCAAUUCGGUUGAAGGUUAACAGAUUACAAAGAUUUUCCCGGUUUGAAACUAACAAAACCGACGAGUCUCUGCCUAGAUCUUCCUGGCUAGAAAAUCAAGCUCGUUGAUUUUAAGAUUUUUAGACCAACAAAUCCCCCAGCAGGUUUUCAGUCCUCUGCAAGAUGGGGGAUAUUGAUAAUGACGGUUGAGCUUGAACCAUUAGCCAGGAACAGCAGCUGCAAGAGAUUAAUGGACUAAGUACACCUGAUACAUGUUACCAGGACAAAAUUACAGAUCCGGCUUCCUUAUUUUUGUCAACUCCGCUUUUCUACAGAAAUGCACUCAACAGUGUAGAUUAGGAACAAUAACAUUUUGUAUCAGAAUAUGUAGGCCCCGUUUGGAACACAUGAUAGGAAAAUCACAGGAAUAGGAAAAGUAUAGGAAUUGAGAUGUCAUGCAUUUCGAAUCCUAUGGAAAUUGAAAACGCAGGAAUUGAGAAGAUUAGCUGUUUGGAAUGCAGGAUAGGAAAAAUAUAGGAAACAUUUUGAAUUUAAAGAAACUAGUUGUGACAAAUCUUUUACUA